AUGGUAGCUUCGGAUCCUCUUCUCGUCUCUAUUUUUCCAAUAACCUUUUGUUCCCUUUUUCCUGUCUCAUUGCGGCCAAACAUGGAAUGGAUGUGCUGCUCCGCGCGAGGGCACCUUCAUCUGCCUGGAUUCCCAUGGCUUGAACCCUCCUCGGCUAUCUUUCCUGUUUGUGUUGCCGUGCCUCAGUGCCUCAGGGUAACCGUAGCUAAGGUAGGUAUUGGAUGGGGAUGGAGGUCCAAAGUAGUCUCCAUUCAUGGAUGUCACCAAGCCCAGCAUCGGCCCCAUCCGGGAGAUGAUGGGACGAGAGACGAGACGUGGAUGCGCACACUGCACUGCACUGCACUAACCACACGAGAUAGAAAACCACCAUCAGCGCUUGCUUCACAUCACCUCCAGCUUUGCUCGAUCUUGACAAAUCCCUGUCAGCUGUGCCUCUACUCGAUCUUGUACAGCCUCCAUCAGGAAGAAGAACUUUCAAGCAUCGAUUCCCACCUCAGCCGGCGCCAUUGCUACUUUAUUUCGCUCGCAUCACUUUGCCCUUCGCUUCACCGCUCGAACCGAUUCAGACUCAUACCUCGACGGUUCCCAUGUUUCUCCACUCUUGGGCACCCUUGUUGUUGUGGCCAAGCACCCAAGAUGCCGGACCGCAUGGAUGGCCCGCCAUUCACAUUUACGAAUACUCCGUACAAAAGCGUCCCUCCAUCCUCGCCAAACCCCCCUCACCAACCCUGA